UUUGUAUUUUUAUUAAUUAUUUGAUUUUGAUCAUAUUAAUAUUAUGGAUUCAACAAAACAUUGGUUAUGGACUAUGCUUGAGGCAAUGUUGCCCCUUGAUUAUCAUUCUCUUAAAGAGCUUGUUGGUUAUACAAUGGAUCUUUCUUCUCCUGAAGCAGUGAUUGCAUAUUUUAAUGAUUUCCUUGGGAAAUCAUCAUCUACUGAUGAGUUUUUGAAUGAAUUUAUUAAAAGACGUUUUGGAUCAGCAAAAGAAUCAUGUUUUGAGGAGGGAAUAUCCAAGAAGAAACAAGGAAAAGCAUAUACAAAGCUUAAGAAAGAUGAGAUGAAUCAGUAUUUUAUGAAACCGUCUAAAAAAGCUUGGACAAAUAUACCUUCUAUAUCAAAAGAUUCAUUAAAUGUAUCUACGGGUUUUUCUGAGGAAAAGACGAAAUCAUUGACUGAUUCUUCAGCAUUGAAUAUAUCUACUAAGGCUUCUUCUCAUUCUCAAAAAAAACAAAGUUUAGGGACUUUAACAUCAGAACUUGGGAUAAAAAAGAAAAAAUCAACCAAUUUGAAAUUGAAUUCUCUUUCAGAGAUUAAUUCUGCUUUGAAAAAUUUGGAAUUGAAGGAUGUGAAGUCUCAAGGUGGAAAGAAAUGUUAUUGUCAAGCACGAAAGCAUCCAUUAAAUCAAUUAAUACCGAAUUGUUUAACCUGUGGAAAAAUCAUUUGUAUUGUUGAAGGUAUAAAUUCAUGUAGUUUUUGUGAUACACCUCUUUUAUUGAGAGAACAACGAAUGGAUUUAAUUAAGCAGCUUCGUAUGGAAAGAGCUAAUGUUUUGAAUAAUUCAAAAAAAGAAACUGUUACUAAAAAUAUGAAGCAGUUUUAUUCUACGUGUUAUGUAGGAAGUAAUAGUAUAAAUUUAGAGGAAUAUCAAAAGAAAAUACAAGAUGCGGAAAAUGAUAAAAAUAAAUUACUUGAAUUGGAUAGAUCUGACAUGUUUAACAAGAUAAUAGAUGAAGCUGCAGAUUUUGAUCCAUAUGAUCGUUGGAUAAGUUCUUCAGAGCGUUAUUUAAUGCUUGAAAAACAACGAAAAGCGCUGGUUGCUAUGAAUACUCCUAAAAAAAGAGUAAUGACUAUUGAUUCAUCUGGAAAAGUUACUGUUACAUCAGCAAACACUGAUGAUGAAGAGAAUGAAGAAAAUAUUGAAAAGGAGAAAAGCGAACUUUCGUCUUUGAAUACUAAACGAGUACAUCCUUAUUGUGAUAAAACAUAUAAACCUGUAUAUAUAGCAACUGAUUCAACAAUUGUUAAAAAUUAUCCUAAAGAACUGGAUUAUAUAUUAAAAUCAGGAAUAUCAAAAGUACAAGAUGACAGAGAUGAGUAAAAUAUGACUAUCGCAUUAUUAUUUUAUUUAAAUACGUAUACCUUG